UGGUGAAGAUCUGUGACCGUAUACAUGAAGUCUUAUUUAUAGUGAUAGAUGAAGAAGGAGAUGAUGGAUCUAUCUGAUUCUGAUUAAGGAAGAAGAAGAAGAAGAUGAAUGCUGGGCGAAACUUGUUUCCUGUUGUUUCUCAUCUAAUAAUAAUAAUAAUUAUCUUAUCAAUUCUGAGUUUGGUGAGUGUUGCACAAGUUUUAGAAAAUUGCGACAACAGUUAUGGAAACUACACAAAGGGUAGUCGAUACGAAACGAACCUCAAUAAUCUUCUAUCCUCUCUCCACUCCAACAUCGACCCAUUUGGAUUCGCCAAUUCCACCUCCUCCUCAGGCGAAGGAGAUUCCGAUGACCCAGCAUACGCCCUUUUCCUCUGCCGAGGAGACAUCGAUCACGACUCCUGCACAAAAUGCGUUAACGACUCUGUUUCUAAGCUAACCACAACCUGCCCCGGUUACAAGCAGGCCUCGGGUACUUAUGACGGUUGCAUGCUGCGCUACUCCAACCGUUCCUUAACCGGUUCUGUUGCAGCCAACCUAUUUCUAUUCGCGUGGAACACUGCAAACGCCACAAACGUUGCCCAGUUCAACCAAGAACUGGGAACGUUGAUGACAGAUCUAAGGACUAAGGCGUCAAAGGGUGGCUCGCUUCUGAAAUUCGCGGCUGGGAAUAAGACGACGAUACCAGACUUUCAGACCCUUUACGGUCUGGUGCAGUGCACACCGGAUUUGACUGAGCAGCAAUGCAAUAAUUGCUUGCUAGACAGAAUUGCUCAGAUUCCCGAUUGCUGUGACGGUAAGAGAGGAGGUCUAGUUAUUGCCUGGAGUUGCUAUUUGCGGUUCGAGACCUAUCUAUUUUAUAAUGAUACAAGGGUACUUGAGCUUUUAUCUCCACCACCGCCUUCACCCGGAUCCCCACCUCCGAUACCCUCGCCGCCGCCGCCUGAUCUCUCUGCACCAGGAAACAAUAAUACUAAUCAGUCCACAGUGAGAAGAAUUGUUGCUAUUUCUAUUCCAACCGUCCUGGGAUUCAUCUUGAUCAUUUUUCUUUGCUUCAUCAUCAUCUCAAGAAGAUCCAAGAAACAUAAGAAGAAGAAGAAGAAGAAGAAGAAGAAGAAGUCGUCCAUCCCUGCAAAGCCAAUCGAGAGACUUGACUCAUCCAUGAAUGAUAUAAGCUCAACUGAAAUCGUUCAAUAUGACUUCAACAAAAUAAAAGAAGCCACGAAUGAUUUCUCCAAUGACAAUAGGCUCGGAGAAGGUGGUUUUGGUGUUGUUUACAAGGGUGAGUUUUCAAAUGGACAAGAGAUUGCUGUCAAAAGACUAUCUAGGGAGCAUGGACAAGGCGAACAAGAAUUCAAAAAUGAGGUCUUGUUGGUUGCCAAACUACAACAUAGGAAUUUGGUUAGAAUUCUCGGGUUUUGUAUAGAUGGAACCGAAAGGCUUCUAGUCUACGAGUUUCUAGCCAACUCCAGCCUCGACCACUUCUUAUUUGAUCAUGUGAAACGAACACAAUUGGAUUGGCAAAGACGAUACAAAAUCAUAGGAGGCACUGCUCGGGGGCUCUUGUAUCUGCACGAAGAUUCAAGGGUACGGAUUAUCCACAGAGACAUGAAAGCUAGCAACAUCCUUUUAGAUGCUGAGAUGAAUCCUAAGAUCUCGGAUUUCGGAAUGGCAAGGUUGUCCGUCAUGGACGAGACUCAAGGAAAUACAAGCAAAGUGGUCGGGACCUAUGGAUAUAUGGCUCCAGAGUAUAUAAUGCAUGGGCAGUUCUCUGUUAAAUCGGACGUCUAUAGCUUUGGUAUAUUAGUGCUGGAGAUCAUAAGCGGUCAAAAGAAUAAUAAUGCAUUCAACAAUGGAGAAGACAUUUUGAGUUUUGCCUGGAAAUGUUGGAGAGAAAGGAGGGCUCCAGACAUGAUAGACCCGAUUCUGAAAGACGGCGGUGGAUCAAUUCGGGAGAUGAUCCGAUGUAUUCAUAUCGGUCUGUUGUGCACUCAAGACAUUGCAUCAGAAAGACCCACCAUGGCUUCGGUUGUGCUCAUGUUUAACAGCUUCUCUCUUACUUUGCCCGUUCCAUCCGAACCCACAUUUCUUCUAUCAAGAAGCAGAGACACUAAUGACAUGAUUCCGUUCCAUGAGAAUGACAAUUCGCGUGUUUCUGAAGAGUCUGGACAAAUCAGAUCAUCAGAUGGAACAAAAACUAAAUCUGAACAAUUCUCAACAUGCAGCGAUUCGAUUACAGAGGUGUAUCCUAGAUAAUAAUAUUAUAAUCUUAACUAGUUUGGGACAUAUUAAUUACUAUUGUAUGAAAGAAAACCAAGACUUGCUUGUAUUUAGAUAUUUGUACUCGUGAUAUUAUUUGUC